CGUCAAGCUGCCAUCGACGGCUCACUGUCUGAUGGCUCAGCGGUUGUGACCUUGGAGUCACCUGCUGAUCGAUUUUGAAAGUCAAUAGGCGCGACAGAUUUGGCCAGCUCCAUUCAUCCGAUACGCUAGAGGUGGCAGGAUGAGAGAAAUCAUUUUUAUUCAGAUUGGGCAAUGUGGUAAUCAAAUGGGCGCCAAAUUUUGGGAAGUGAUAUCAAACGAACAUGGAAUCGGGACCGAUGGAAUAUACCGUGGGGACAGCGAUCUUCAAAUGGAGCGGUUGCACAUCUACUUCUCAGAGGCUGCAGGGGGUCGCUACGUGCCUCGUUGUGUAUUGACUGAUCUGGAACCCGGGUGCUUGGACAACAUACGUGGAGGACCAUACGGGGUUCUCUUCAGACCUGAUAACUUCGUCUACGGUCCCUGCGGAGCCGGAAACAACUGGGCAAAAGGACAUUACACAGAAGGGUCAGAGAUAAUUGAACCCAUAAUGGAGCUGAUUCGCAAGGAAUGUGAUCUCUGUGAAUGCAUUCAAGGGUUCCAGUUUGUGCAUUCGAUGGGUGGUGGAACUGGAGCAGGGCUUGGUACUCUGCUAAUGGGAAAAAUUCGCGAAGAGUAUCCGGAUCGAAUUACAUGCUCCUUCUCGGCGUAUCCAUCUCCAAAAGUGUCCGACGUCGUCGUGGAGCCGUACAACGCAACACUGGCUGCCAGUCAGCUCAUAGAACUCAUUGACGAGACAUUUGUCAUUGAUAAUGAGGCGCUGUACGAUAUUUGCUAUCGUACUCUGAAGUUAGUGAAUCCCACCUAUGGAGACUUGAACCAUUUAGUCAGCGCUACAAUGUCUGGAGUGACUACUUGUCUGCGAUUCCCCGGUCAACUGAACGCGGAUUUGCGAAAACUCGGCACUAACUUGGUGCCGUUCCCCAGGUUGCACUUCUUCGUCCCUGGUUUCGCACCGCUCACGUCACGCUACUCACAGGCCUAUCGGACGUAUACCGUGCAUGAUCUGACUCAGCAGAUGUUUGACGCGAAAAACCUGAUGGCAGCCUGCGAUCCACGCCACGGAAAGUAUUUGACCGUGGCAGCUAUGUUCAGAGGUCGUCUUUCAGUCAAAGAAGUAGACGAAGAAAUGCUCAGUGUGCAAAAUAAAAAUUCUGCACAUUUUGUGGACUGGAUACCGAGCAAUAUCAAGACAGCAGUGUGUGAUAUUCCACCCAGGGGCAUGAAAAUGGCUGUCACUUUUAUCGGAAAUACCACAGCUAUGCAGGACAUAUUCAAGAGAAUCGGAGAACAGUACACUGCAAUGUUUCGCUGUCGAGCGUUUCUCCACUGGUAUCUUGCUGAAGGAAUGGAGGAAAGUGAAUUCAUUGAUGCCGAAAGGAGCGUCAACGAUCUCAUCCAUGACUAUCAACAGUUUCAGGGAGAUGAGGUGCAUUACCAACGAUGAUAUUCGUUUGGCAGUUUCUUCAAUUUGCUACCAGUGUCGCAGUGCCUCCGUAGUCUUCUGUUAUAUUUCUUCUUUCGCUCAAACGCGCAGUCUGUCAGUUUUUUUCCAUUUGUUGUUGCUUCAAAACAACCAAUGGGAAAGAAGCUUCAGCUGAUCC